AUGGAGGAAAUGGACGAAACUGAAGCGGUGCCUCAGAUAUACAUGGCUUGUGUUAAACAUGGACAGAGAGUGGGAGUUUCAUACUAUGAUUCUAGCAUUCGGCAGCUUCAUGUGCUGGAAGUUUGGGAAGACGGUAGCAUGGACUUUCCUCUGAUUGAACUAGUGAAAUAUCAAGCUCAGCCCCUUAUGAUAUAUACCAGCACUAAAAGUGAAGAGUCUUUCUUGGCUGCUUUGCAACGGAGUGACGGCAUGUCUGAGGCUCCUACUUUGAAGCUUGUGAAGAGUUCAAUUUUCAGCUAUGAACAGGCCUGGCACAGAUUGAUAUACCUACGGGUAACAGGAAUGGAUGAUGGAUUAAACAUUAAGGAGAGAAUUUGUUAUUUGAGUUCUAUGAUGGACACGGGAAGUGAUAUUCAAAUUCGUGCUAGUGGGGGUCUUCUUGCCAUACUGGAGAAUGAAAGGAUCGUAGAGUCGCUUGAACAAAAGGAACUUGGAACUUCAUCAAUAACUAUUGAUUCUGUCAUAGAAAUUUCAUUAAACAAAUUUCUAAAACUUGAUGCAACAGCUUUGGAAGCAUUGCAGAUAUUUCAAACUGACAAACAUCCGAGCCAUAUGGGCAUUGGAAGAGCUAAAGAAGGGUUCUCCGUGUUUGGGAUGAUGAAUAAGUGUGUAACACCUAUGGGCAGACGCCUCUUGAGAAAUUGGUUCCUGAGGCCAUUACUGGAUCUUGAAAAUUUGAACAAGCGACUUAAUGCUAUAUCAUUUUUUCUUUCUUCCAAUGAAUUGAUGCAUUCCUUACGCGAAACUCUAAAGAUUGUGAAAGACAUUCCCCAUAUACUGAAGAAAUUCAAUUCUCCCAGUUCAACAUAUUCUUCUGGUGAUUGGACAGCAUUCUUGAAGAGUGUUUGCUCACUUUUGCACGUGAACAAGAUAUUUGAAGUUGGCAUGUCAGAGAACCUUAGAGAUAACAUGAAGUACUUGAAUUUGGACAUGGUCGAGAAGGCAAAUUCAUGCAUUACCACAGAGUUGGCUUAUGUUUAUGAGUUGGUUAUUGGUGUCUUAGAUGUUAGUAGAAGCAAAGAGAGGUCAUAUGAGACAAUUGUGAAGGAGGGUUUUUGUGAUGAGUUGGAUGAGCUGAGGCAAAUCUACGAGGAAUUGCCUGAAUUUUUGGAGGAGGUUUCAUCAAUGGAACUUGCUCAAUUUCCUCAGCUGUGUAAAGACAAGCUUGCCCCUUGUAUAGUCUACAUACAUCAAAUAGGAUAUCUAUUGUGCAUAUUUGAAGAGAAACUUGACGAAAGCACACUAGAGACCCUAGGAGAUUUUGAAUUUGCUUUCUCUGAUGUGGAUGAAGAGAUAAAGAGAUACUUUUACCAUAGUCCAAAAACACGAGAAUUGGACAAUCUGCUUGGAGACAUUUAUCAUAAAAUUUUAGAUAUGGAGAGGGCAAUUAUCAGAGACUUGGUGUCACAUGUACUUGUUUUCUCUCAGCAUCUGCUCAAGGCUGUAGAUUUUGCAGCAGAACUUGAUUGCUUUUUAUCACUAGCACUUAUUGCUCGUCAGAACAACUAUGCAAGGCCAGUUUUAACUACGGAUAACAUGCUUGAUAUAAAGAAUGGAAGGCAUGCUUUGCAGGAAAUGGCGGUAGAUACGUUUAUUCCAAAUGACACGACGAUUUUUGAUCAUGGAAGAGUUAAUAUCAUUACUGGUCCAAAUUAUUCUGGUAAAAGUAUCUACAUAAAACAGGUUGCUCUUAUUGUAUUCUUGUCUCAUAUAGGAAGCUUUGUUCCAGCAGAGGCUGCAACUUUAGGCUUGACUGAUAGAAUAUUUUGUGCUAUGGGAAGCAAGCAUAUGACUGCAGAACAAUCAACUUUUAUGAUUGACUUGCAUCAAGUUGGGAUGAUGCUGAGGCAGGCAACAUGUCAAUCGUUGUGCCUGAUAGAUGAAUUUGGUAAAGGUACUCUUACAGAAGAUGGCAUUGGUCUUCUUGGUGGAACCAUCAAUCAUUUUGCAAGUUCUGAUGCUUCUCCUAAGGUGCUGGUGUGCACUCAUCUAACUGAGCUAAUUAAUGAGGGUUUACUGCCAAUGUGUGAAAGGAUCAAGUUCUACAACAUGAGUGUCAUACGACCUGAAAAUGAUUGCUCUGGAAAUGAAGAUAUUGUAUUUCUUUAUCGUCUGGUCCCAGGACACGCUCUUCCUAGCUACGGUCUACACUGUGCACUUCUUGCUGGCGUUCCUGAGGAGGUUAUUAAGAGAGCAGCAUUUGUUUUGGAUGCCAUGGGGAAUAAUAAACAUGUUGAGCGGCUGCAAAAUGAGAAUUUAUCCGCUCAAGAGAAGCUAUACCAGGAUGCCGUCGACAAGUUGCUGGGACUUGAUGUUAACAGGUGUGAUCUAAGCUGUUUUUUCCAGGACAUAUUUCCUUCUUAAUCGAAGGUAAUCGAACAUAUUUCCCUUUAUGAUGGUUGCAUUUAUUUAG